AAAAAAAGUAAUCAUAUAGCUACGUCAGGAGAAAAGUUAAAUUUAUUGGAAAAUUGUAGGUGAUAUUAAAGUUUCUAUAUUGGUGCGUGUAAAACUAAAACAAAGUAUGAAGAAAUAAAAAGUGAAAGUAAAAAGAAUAAGGAAAAUUUGGUGGACAACGGAGUGAAUUGGGAAAAAACUAACUUUUUUUUACUUAUUAUUUGGAAGAGAGAGGUGGUUGUGAAACAAAUAAUAAAGCUUUAGGUUGCGUACUGACUGAACAGCUGGCAUAUAUUAAUUGGCAAAAUUCGUUAUUAACUUUUUUAAAACACAUUUACAGUUGCUGAAAAUAGUUUUUUGAUUAUUGUACAGCACCUGUAAGCAGAAUUCAUAUUUAUUUGUUUUUGUGUGACAUACUGUCGUCGACAACAUCAACAAAAUAUUCAGCCGUCGAUCAAAAAUGUGGUCGUUCUUCUCGCGCGACUCGACGAAAGACUUUCCAUAUGAUAUUGGUGAACAAGUACCCGGUUUAGAGUCACGCUCCAUUUGGACAUUGCACAAAGCAAAGCGUAAGGGCACGCAAGAAGAAGUCUCGGUAUUUGUUUAUGAUAUACGAAGUGGUUCAGAUGCUAAAUGUGAAUUAGCAAAGGGAGCAUUGAAACGGCUAAAGACUUUAAGGCACCCGAGCAUUCUACAGUAUCUGGACUCAUUUGAAACGGAGAAAACACUUUAUAUUGCUACUGAAGCAGUUGAGGCUUUGGGUACUCACAUUGAGAAGUUGGCCUCUCAUGGUACUCAAAAAGAUUUGUAUUUAGCAUGGGGGGUGUUUCAAAUCACACGCGCACUUUCAUUCCUUAACAACGAUGGUAACCUAAGACACAACAAUGUUUGCGUUUGGUCGGUAUUUGUUAAUUCGUCUGGUGAAUGGAAACUUGGUAGUUUGGAAUAUGUGUCGCCAGCGGACGGGAAUCCUAUGCCACCAUUUAAAGUGCCACCCGCUUUAGAGGUGUAUGAUCCACCGGAAAAGAACGACCAGAGCAAAUUAAAAGCAGCUACAAAAUGCUCAGUUGAUAUGUGGGGAUUGGGAUGUUUAGUUUGGGAGUCAUUCAAUGGACCUCUAAAAAUGCGUUCAAACCUUAAAGACAUAGAUAAUAUACCAAAGUCGUUGCAAACUCUUUAUUGUGAAUUGGUAGGCGCAUCGCCUUCAAAUAGGCCCAACCCAGCUGAUAUCAUAACGAGAUGUCGCAAACCAGGUGGUUUCUUUAAGAACGAUUUAGUUGAUUCUCUACUUUUCCUUGAGGAAAUACAAAUCAAAGACAAAGCUGAGAAAAAUCGUUUCUUUAGUGGUUUAACUAUGCAUUUAGACAGUUUUCCCGACAACGUUUGCAAGCAUAAAAUACUUCCUCAGCUUAUCACUGCAUAUGAAUAUGGUGAUGCAGGAUCAGCUGUGCUCGCACCCAUGUUUAAACUCGGAAAAUUACUUGAUGAAGCUGAGUACCAAAAACGCAUAGUUCCCUGUGUAGUGAAGCUUUUUGCUUCUACAGAUCGUGUGACGCGUUCCCGAUUAUUACAACAAUUAGAAUUAUUUAUAGCACAUUUACAACCGCAGGUAGUGAAUGAUCAAAUUUUUCCACAAGUCGCACAUGGCUUCUUGGAUACCAAUGCUACCAUAAGAGAACAAACUGUAAAGUCUAUCAUUCAUCUGGCCCCUAAGUUAAACUACAAUAAUUUGAAUGUUGAGGUGCUACGACAUUUUGCGCGUUUGCAAGCACGCGAUGAUCAGGGUGGCAUACGAACCAAUACAACUGUGUGUUUGGGAAAAAUCGCCCCACACCUACAUCCACAGGUGCGGCAGCGUGUUUUGGUGUCUGCUUUUAUAAGGGCUAUGCGCGAUCCUUUUCCGCCAGCACGAGUAGCUGGCGUACUUGCUUUGGCUGCUACACAACAAUACUUCCUGCUAAGUGAAGUGGCAAACAGGGUUCUCCCAUCUUUGUGUUCUCUAACUGUUGAUCCUGAAAAGACUGUGCGCGAUCCAGCUUUCAAAACGAUACGUGGCUUUUUGGGUAAAUUGGAAAAAGUAUCAGAGGACCCAAGUCUACGGGAAACUAUGGAAGCUGAUGUGCAUACUGCUACGCCAUCGAUCGGAAAUGCAGCAGCUACAUGGGCGGGCUGGGCUGUUACAGCAGUUACAGCUAAAUUCUACCGCAGCCAAAGUGAUUCUUCACGUCCGCGGCCGCCCUUAACUGGGCGAAAUCUCUCUAAACCUGCAUCUUUGGAGCAACCUUCGAGUAGCAGCUUAUCAACGACAACAUCCAGCGUCACAUCUAUGACAUCACUAGAGCAUGAAAGCAACGACACAUCAGCGUCUGCAUCAGAUUAUGGCAAUAACGACUGGGAUAACGAAAAUUGGGGCGAAAUGGACACAUCACAGGACCCUAGUAGUCCAAUGGCUGGCACUUCUAACAAUGGUCAAUUGAAUGCAUCGAAUGCACUCAAUGAAGUGCGUGAUGGUUGGGAUAAUGAGGAGUGGGGCAGUUUAGAAGAAGAACCAGGAGAAGAAGAGGAAGAACAAGACGAACAUUCGCAGCCAUUGCAUACGAGACAAUCAGCUCUUCCUGUGGAUAAGCAAAUGUGUACGCCAACAGCACGCCCACAUCAACAACAAUUGCUGCAACAUCAAUUGAAUGAGCUUAUCGAACCAUUAGCUAAACUGAACACUCACACAGCGACAUCGCCAUCGCCAUCAAGGGGGCAAAAUCAGCAUGCACUUGACAUGCGACCAAAAGAUAUUUCAAAUAUAGCUAUUACACAAACGACAACAACAACGGUAUUUUCAAAUUGCAACAAUAUCAGUCCACCACACAUAAAUAACUCAACGAAUUCUAAUGCAAAUUGGAAUAGCGAUUCAUGGGCCGAUGGUGAAUUCGAACCUGUUGAUGAACAGCUGACGGGAAAUACCAAGUUGGAUGAGGCGCGUAGAAAACGCGAAGAGAAAAAAUUGCAGAGGCAACGUGAGUUGGAGGCGCGGCGAGCGCAACGUACAAGUGGCCCGAUGAAAUUGGGUGCCAAAAAGCUUUAAGAUGUGGAUUUUUAGUUUUUAACUAAAUGGUUAUAUAUUAAAUUAUAUUUAUACUUGUUUGAGUGUAAUGUAUAUAAGGUCCCCAUACAAAUCAUAUGCAUUUUUGGCGUAUACAUUUGUUUACUAAUUCAUGACAUGGCGAUAAGAAACGAUAUAACUAUAUGUACGUAGUAAAAUUUGUCCGAAACCAAAUGUGCAGUUUUUGAAAAGCAAGAGAAAAUUGUAAUUUUAUAGGUAUAUAUGAGACAUGGAAAGAUUUUUUAUAGAUUAAAUAUCAAAAACAAGAAAAAUUAACAAAAGAGUAUAAAAUAGAAACUAAAUAUUUCGCAUAUAAAAUUUAUGAUUUAAAAUCUCUAAAAACUGAAAAUUUAAUGUAGAAAUACAAUAUUUAGUCACAUUCGUUAAGGUGCAAGCGUAACUUAAAAAUGCUAUAUGAAGUCUUAUCAACAAUUGUGCAGGAAAAUGCUGCACUUAUUCUUACAAAAUAAUGUUUGUGUAUUCAUAAAAUAUCACUAUUGUUUAAACUUACGUGCACCAACAUAUAUUGUUAGCUCAUAUUUUUACCUUUUGCAAAUUAACCACAAAAACAAAUAAAACCAAAAGUAGCUAGAUACGAAUUUCAAAUUAAAAUACUUAGUACUGCUAUCUCAGCAAUAGAUUUUAUUGUAUAUAGUACACUCUAAUAAUUGAAAUCAUUGCUGUAGUACUUAGACUUCGUGCAGAUGAUUGAAUUUACUAAUUAAAUAUAAUGAGCCCAAUUAAAUUAAAUUCAUAUAGUAUAAAUUUGUAUGUAUUUGCUUGUUAUUUAUUAUCAUUGCAUUUUGGAUUAAUUUGUGAAAUUCAUAAUGGUCAUUUUGGAUAAUAUCAGAUUAUGAUUUCCUUAUUUAAUUUUAAGGUAACUUGGCUUUACACCACGGAAUUUUAUAUCUGAAAAAUAUAUUUAAUGGGAACUUGUUUGUGGCAGAAUGAGCGAUUUUAUAUCAUUUUGAUAUGAAAGCAUUUGGCUCACAAAACAAAUUUCUAAAAAGUGCGACGAGCGGAAAUCCACCAUACUUAUUACAUGAAUAUAUAAUUGCUAGAACUUUAUUUUCCAAUUAAGAUACAUUUUGUUAUUAAUAACACAAUUAUUUGUUUUCGAUUAGGUGCUUUUUAGCUGGCAAAAAUAUUUCCAGUUUCCUUGGCUUCUUAUCAAUAUGAAAUGUGAAUUACGUUAUUAUUUCCUCGAAUUUGUGGAUUUAGUAUAUAGCUGGGUAUUUUUGUAUAGUGAUCAGAAUUUUGGAAUGAACAGUUAUUCACUGCAGAUAUUAUUUAUGUUCAUAUUGUAUACGUUUAUACAUGUGUAUACAUGUUGGUUAGAUCGUACAAGGCAUUCCAGCAGAGUGUAUGUACUUAACUGGCGAAUUAAAAAAAAACACAAAUUAAAUAACAUUAUUGAAUCUACAGUAACGCUCAAAGUAUAUCCAAUUGAACGACAUACAUAAGUAUAAUGUGAUCGGGGCUUAAAUCGCUUUCGAAUUUUUAAAAUAAUAAGAAAUUUGGGUCCCGGCUACGACUCGAACAAAUUUAGGCAUUUGUUUAAACCAGUUGUACAGUUAUGUUUAUCAUAAUUGGUGUCCUUAUACAAUUAUGUCGUUUUAGAUAAGUAAUUUAUUAUAAUUUAUAAUUUAGAAGUGAAAGCACCACUAUACCGUAUGUUUUAAUUUUUGAUUAAGAAAUGGAAUAUGAACGAAAAGUGUGAGCCUACCAGAUUUUGAAAAUACAUAUACUUUUUGUACUCACACAUAUUACUUAUUUUCAUUUUUAUUGAAAUUCUAAAUAUUAAUAUUAUUCAAUAUUAUCUACGUUCCUAAUUACAAAUUUUCUCUAAAUAAGAAGCUUAAAAAUAAACGUUAAAGUGUAAAAAGUAUUUAUUUGACGAAAAUCAGUAAAAUACAAAAAUAUAGCUACAUUUUAUUUUUCUCUGCGAAAAUUACGAUUUAUGCAUGCACGCGAAUAAAAUGUACACUGCAAUGUCAAGUAUUACUUCAAAAUAAGAUUAAUUGCAUAUAAAACAGGUGGUCCAAUUAGAAUUGAGAUAUUGUCAAAUUUUGCAUACAUCAAAGAGAUCCCAGCUGAAUACUAUAUUCGGUACAACUUUUUGUCACUAAUUGCAAACAUUUGAAACAUAUUACAUUGAUUUUAUAUACCAUAUGUGCAUGUUAUUAUUGAAAACAAAAAUCGUAAAUUGGUAUGGUUUUCAUUUAAUCAAAGACUUAAAAUUUAUCACUCAAAUAGGAUUCAUAAUCACAUUGUUAUUCAUUAAGAAAAACAAAUAAGCAAUCUUAAUUCAAACGUGUGAUUCGUGAUUAUUCAUUACGAUCGCUAAAGUGCGAGCAACGAUCGAGUUGCAAUAAUCGGGUGUAAAGACAUGAGUUGGUCCACUACCGCAAUACACAUUAGUAAUUUGUUAAUGAUCCAACAUGAUACAAACAACCAACUUGGUCCAAAGAAGAUGCUCAAUUGUUGGAACUGCCGAUAUUGGACGACAAUAGGAUAUAGCUGUCAUACAAACUGACCGAUCAAAAUCAAGAUAAAUAUCUCCAUUAAAAAUCUCUCUCUCUUCUUGUUUAAAUAAACAUAGGUUGCAAUUUGUAAAUUGUACCGUAAAAGAGAUAAUAAAUUAAGUAUUAUAAUGCUUUCAAUUUAAGAAACAACUUGAGCAAUUUUAGACAUUUUCAUUUUAGCAAUAUUUUCAGUGGACAAUUUUUAAUAUAAUAUAAUACUAAUUUAAAGCCUUCACACAAGUUUGCAAAAUAAAAUAUUAGAAAUAAUUGCUAACCAUCUUCAUGUUCUUUUUAACUUAAAAAUAUAUAUAAUAUGGUACAAUAUAAGAAAUUAUCAAUCUGUUGUUAACUACAAAUAUAAAGUUUCCGAUUUCCAAUAAGUUUAAACUAAUAACGUCAUAUUUAAGGCUAUAAUCAAAUUCAUGAUGUCGCGAGUUGAUUAAAUGCGUGUAUAUGAAAGGUUUUUUAAAAAAUUAAUUUAAAGUCUAGCCAUAUCUAACACACAUGUACACAGUAUAUACAUACGUACAUAUGUAUGCUUUUGCUUUAAAAACUCUAUAUUUCCUUCGGGUAGUAUUUUGUUUGGUCUUUUGUUUUCACCACGUUGGAGAAGUUCUCCUUAUAAAUUUGUGCAUACAAAAACAAACUUCUACUUUGGAAUCCAUAAAUAAUUUUACAAUUGUACAAGUUGUUUUAAGUUUUGUAUAUAUGUAUGUGUAUAUAUCUAGCUGCUAGUUUGGUUUAAUGUUCACUUGCAUAAAUCGCAAAGUUUCCAUCAUAUUUAUUUGUAUUUUUAUAAGAUUUCCAUUUCCCUGCCGAAAACUUUAAAAGAAUAAACACAAUUUUAAUAUACUUGUACAUGCUUAUGUAUAAAAUAAAAUUCAAGACUGCGAAGAAUAAGAAUUCAUUGAAGUGAGUAUAAAUAAGUACUAAUCAAAUAAAAAAUAACUCAUUAUAAUAA